AUGGAUUAUGAUAAUAAGCAGGACAUACUGGGAUUUUCAACGAAGGAAGCUUUAAUUAAGUUACGAAAUGAUAUUCAAUCUGUUAUUGAUGAACAUAAAAAGAAAAAUCUUAAAGGAUAUGGGUUUGUUCGAAAUAUUGUAUCGUUUUCAUCAGAAAAAGUGCUCUUGUCUGGAGUGGCAUACACAAUCAUUCUUGUUUAUAUUGUGUCUUUAAUUUUGACAUAUUUAAUUGGAGAAACGUUACUUGCACAAUCAUAUUUACUAUGGGAAGCUCUAUUUCUUUUUGUAGUUUUGGUUAUAAACUUCCUAGUUGCAUUUAAUGAAGAAUGCAUUCAUAGAAAUGAAAUUACACUACGGGUCAAAAAGGUUCUUAAAACCUUAAAUGAGGCUAUAGAUAAGGCGGUAUGGAGGGAGAAUCACUAUCCACAUUUGUGCGCCCCAUUUUCACCAUGUGUAAUAUUACAGUGGACUUAUAGAGAUGGAACCAUAGUCAAUUUGCCAUGGGCGCUUCUUGUUGAAGGGGAUAUUAUAGUCUUGAGACCAGGACAGGAAGUACCAGGUCAUUGUAAAGGACUUCAACCAGAGGAUCCAGAACUUUUUUUUGGACAGAUUUUUCAACCUGGCACACAGAACAAAGAAAAUUUUAGUACCCCAAGGGUACGCCCACCACAUCAAAACAAAGCCCACAAAAUGUUAGAAACUCCAUACUUAAAGAACUUAAAAUUGGCUUUGGAACAAGCCACAAACAGGCCAGUAACAGUGUUUGAAAAACAAAGAUAUUUGUGUACAGUAAAAAUAAUGGAGGGCAUUGUAUUGCCCCUUGUGAUAUCCUUAGUGGUUGUGGCCAGUUUUGUACGCCAUAUGUAUCAUUUACCCGGCGUCACACACUGGACAGAGAUUUAUUUCCUACAAACAAUUGCUGCGUCUCUGCCUCUACUGCAAAUAAUCUUCCCAAUCGCAUGGGUCACUCUCAAUUGCUAUGGACUAGCAAGAUUUAAAUUACUAUCGGAGACUCGUCAAAAGUACGUCCGACCGAAAUCGUGUUCGAUAUCUGAAGACGCCACCGACCCGCUUAUACAGGCUCUCAGUGAAUCUAACCUAAAGCCUGAUAGUCUGCGAUCAUUGAGCAAGACAUUUCUGAAUAUACUUUUGGGCAGAGAGGAUAUGGUCACCAGAACUGCCAACAUUGUUCACGUAUUCGGAUCUUUGUCGGCUCUAUGCUGCAUAGAUAAGAAAGGGGUUCUGUCAUGGCCAAAUCCAACAGCAGAAAAGGUAUUCUUCCUUCGCAACUCCAGUCCCACAUCGCCCAAUUCAAGUAAGACCAGUCUCGUGGGUUCUAUGGGCCGCAACAGUCAAACAACGAUGGAGACGGGUGACAACAAACCUAAGCCCGACUCUUCAACUAUUGUUGAGGUACUAGACCUGACGCACGACCAGAACGCGCCGUUCCGCGUGGAGUUCGACGAGCAGCGCUGGCGGCUGCACCUGGCGCGCCUCAAGCCGCUCGGGCUGGCGGCGCUGCUCAACACGUGCGCGCCCGCGCCCCGCCACACCUACGCGCACUUCUGCGCGCACCUCACCUGCGAGGCGCAGUACAGCGAGGACUUAGUGCCGGUAACAAACAGACGCUGCUUAUGCGAGCUGGCCAAACAAAUUGGCUUCACGGACUCUGUGGCUGAAACUUAUACCAUUCAGGAUUGUCUUGCUGUCUUCAGACACCUGCAAGCUGACACGAUAAGACGCGAAACUCGGUUCGCUAGAUCACUGCACCUUACUACGAGAGUGAAGGUCCCCUUGCCGCAUAUGUUGGCUGUCAUCGUGAAGGACCAAGCCAACCAACUCCAGAUGUUAACACAGGGCACAGCGGACAUAAUCCUCGAUUCAUGCGUGGACUAUUGGAAUGGGCGGGACCUCACCCCGAUAUCGCCGUCAGAUCGCAAAAAAAUAAUUGACUUCUACCAGAGAAACUCCCUCACCGCCUACUGCACGGCUUUCGCAUACAAACCUUUAACCCGUGGCAUAUGCGCGUCCCUCUCACGCAUGUACUUAGAACUGCCGGCUGAUAGUCGACAGUUGUACGUGCCGCAUUCCUCGCUGUGGGCAGAUGCGCCUGCGCUGCAUUUUCACUCUACGGAUUCACUAUUGUUCAAUGAAAUAACGGAUGACGACGUCAACGAUGCUGACGGAUACUUUGACAUGCAAUGCAAUCAGGUGUUCAUCGGUAUGGUGACGAUGCAGUACCAGGCGCAGAGCGACAUGGUGGAGCUGAUCGAGCGCCUGGAGCGCGCGUGCAUCCGCUUCGUGCACUUCAGCAAGGAGAACGAGCUGCGCUCGCGCGUCUUCAGCGAGAAGAUGGGCCUCGAGUCCGGCUGGAACUGCCACAUCUCGCUCAUGAGCGACGUCGCUGCCAGCAAGGGGGUCUCGCCGCUGUCGUCGCAAACCUUGCCAGCGGGCAAGGAGCGCUCUAACACCGCCUCGCAACUCGCUAGGGCCAUCGGCACUUGCGAUGCCACGCUCGGCUUCUAUAGCAACAACAUGACGUCAUCAAAGUCGCUGUCCAUGUCCGCUCCUGGCGCUAUUAACGUAGAACACACCACUGUUAAGUUUGACAACGAGAUAAAGAAAGCUCGGAAUUCAAUCACUACACACAGCGGAUUGAAGCGCAGCAGUAUAGCGGCGUCGCAGCGGUCGACCGACUCGCUGCUGGGCGACGAGUGCGAGGGGUACGAGGGCGGCGAAGGCGCCGAGUCUCCGGCCGACGCGUGCCGCUCGCUGUCCUGCCUCACUGACUCCACGGAUCACUCUGUACCGGUCAACUUCGACAUGAGCAAUCGCGCGAAGCUGCCCCGCGGCAUAGAGAACAUCCGGCCGCACAUCGAGCAGGUGGACAACGUGCCGCUGCUGGUGUCGCUGUUCACCGACUGCACGCCCAGCUCCGUGCGCCAAAUGAUACAGAUCAUGCAGGAUUACGGGGAAGUGGUAUGUGUUAUGGGCUCUGCAGCAAACUGCCUCAACAUGGAGAUAUUCAUGCAAGCUGAUGCCAGCGUAGCGGUGGAGCCCCUGUAUCCGGUGCUGUGUCAGAAAAUGCCUCCUUACCAGAUUCCUCAGAGCUGCAUCGGGCCCAUACAACUGGCUAGGGCACUCAAUUCUGUGCCUUGUUCCGUCUCGAUGACGCGGGACGCGGACGUGUCGCUGUUUGCGCUGAUCACUAUGUCGCGCCACUUCAUGAUGUGCUUGUGGAACACCACACAGUUUUGGAUGUGUAGCGUAUGCUUUUUAUCGCUGCUGCAGGUGGGGUCGCUGUGGUCGAUGCUGCCAAUGGCAUUGAGCGCGGGCGGCGCAGCGUGGGGAAGCGCGGUGACGGCGGCGCUUGCGACCGCGCUCGCCUUCGCGCCCGCGCGCGCCGCCGUCAUGCAGCGCGCCGCCACGCGCCCGCACGCGCACUUGCACCGCGCCAUGGCGCUUUUCGUCUUUUGGUGCUACGCUUGCAAGUUCCUGCCCUCAGCCAUAUUUAUACUCGCCUUGUACGGAUUCACUCUACGCAGUUUCUGUGAACAAAUAGCACAGGCAACGGGUACAACAUCUUGCUGGCUGGUGUAUCCGAUAAACGCGGGCAACUUCUCCGCCUCGCACGACCUCUCGCUGCGCAGCUGGCACGGCUGGGGCGACGACUUCUACGACGGCUUCUACCUCGCGCAGCACAUCACAUUGGCCCUUGUCACACUGCAUUUAAUUGUGAUUUCGUUGUCGUUUGUGCAGCGACAUUCCUCUAUCUGGCAGGACAGGUUCUGGACGAACAAGGUGUGGCUGGCUACUGUCGCCGUUCUGAUAGUGUUGCAGGGCAGCGUCAGCGGUAUACUGGUGCGCUCCUCGUAUAGUUCGUGCGCCCGUUGGGAUGUUUGUUCGCUUCGCUUCGAAGUCGGCUGGCCUCUCUUGUGCACGUACAUUUUGUCCCUGCUCAUGGUUUUCGGGAUCAACGAGCUCAUCAAGUGGCAGGAGAUCAAAGCUGAUGUCCGCAAUCAGCGGCGAGCGAGACUAGACUUCGGCACAAAACUUGGAAUGAACUCGCCGUUUUAA